ACAUAUAUUUCAUGAAGGAUGUACAAAAUAAAAAUACUAAAGGCAAACUCUACGCAAAGUAUUAUAAUGCAAUGCGAACACUCAAAUCAUGUGGUUUAGUACCUUCUAAAGGACUUCAAGUUAAAAGAACAAUGGAUACAGAAACUCAUCGUCAGUACAAUAAAGAAUUUGAUGGUAAAAAUACAGUUUUAUUGUAUUUAUUACACGCUAUACUAGUACCUACUGCAAAGAAAAUUACUAAAGAUCAUAAUGGGAAGAAGUGUCAAAUAAAAUACUCAAUAAAAGAUUCUCAAAACAGGUUCAUGACAUUCAAAACUUCAGUAGCUGAAAUUGAAGAACACAUUGUUAUGCGCCAGAAUGAAAAAAAUCCAAUUUAGCCAUUUAUUAUUAUUGUAGGUACCCCUACUAAUCCUAAAGAAAUAAUUGUUUUUUCCGAUUGUAUUAAAUAUAAAUUAUUUACUAUACUAUCUGCUGUAGAUGUUUGCUUUAAAUUAUUUCAUUUGUUUAACUUGGAAUAUCCAUGUGAAUCAUGUGUAGUAUGGCUCUUUAUACAAAAGUAUUUUUAUUCAUUAACUACAAACUUUGAUAAAUAAUUUC